AACAUGUCCGAGGGAGCGACGCGUCGAGAAAAGAAGGAGCAACCCAAAGUGAAGGGCACUACGCUCCAGAAAGAGGAAGCCGGUUUCCUCCAGUGGGAAGCGGCGCCACAGCAACACGUCCACGCGCUGCUGGCGAGCACCAAGGACGAACUGCAGUUUGAGAUGACAGAGAUUCUGGGCCUCAAGAACCAUCUCGUCUGUAUGAAGGAAGCUGUCCUGCUGGAUUACUAUGUCUGUGGCUUCUGGUGGGCUGCAGAGGCCAACUUCACCUCCAUACAGACCUCCUUCACCAUGGCUGUACUUCACAUGCUGCUGGAUAACAUAAGAGAGAAACAGAUGUCUUUCAUGCAGAACCUGAGGGAGUUUGCUGUGGCCCUAGGUGCUGCCAGCCAAUGCCGGACUUCAGAGGAAGAUACCACUCCACUUUUAGACGAAGAAGAAGCCACGGCACUCAUAAGUUACAUCAGAAACAGUCUGUUUCAGAAGUACAGACUCUAUGAGCUUCUCUUCACCACCUCCAGAGAGGAGUUACUGACGAGCACAGAGAGGACCAUUGAAGUGUUCGGCUGUCAAGGGGCUCUCCUUCCAUUGGAAGAAGGCAUCCCCACUCACCUCUACUCCCAGUGAGUGGCUCUGCUCCUGGCAUCCAGAGGGAUGAACAAGUGGCAGCAAACAGGCGGAUGAACGGAUGACUGGCGAUUCCGACGUUGUCUGCCGCAGGGCAUCGUCUUUCUGUCCUUCAUACAGUUAUCACAUGCCAUAUGCUCAUUUAAAAAAAGGGAUUGGUCAGUGUAAUUAUUCCUCUCCAUCCUAACAUGCAUUGAAUAAAGCAGGAAUAAGUAGCAAUAAUGGAAAGAAAAGCAUGAAGAAGAGAGGGCACAUAGGGGCAGAA